AUGUCUGGCUACUCACCCUCCUCCACGUACACCGCGACACCGCAAGGUCGAGGUGUGAUACACCUCCAGGCAACAUUACCCCCCACCACCUCUACCACUCACGUCGCCACCGACCCGCAUCUCUCCCCAUUGUCUCUUCACUCCCCUGCGCCACCCUCUCUGCUCUAUAGCAAAUCCCCCUAUACGUUUAUCCCCCUUCCACGUUUGCACAAUGGCCCAGUUCGUAUCAACCCCCUUUUGGAGUACUUGCCAGUACCCAUGAUCGAGUACGACGUCACUCUGCCAGCAACGUUCGCAACACUGAACUCCCGGCGCCGUGAAGCUCUGGAUCGAUCUCUGGACGAGCCGGCAACCAGCCCCGCUACGAGCUCUUUGACGCUUUGUUCAUCUAGCUUCCCAAAGCCAGUGAUCGCGUUUCCAAACAACGCGCAGCACCCCUUCGUGACUGUUAGAGAUGUUCUCGCCGCAGUGCACGACGCAAUCCGCGUCUUCGCCAUCGAGUUACACCAUCCGCCUCCCGCGUAUAACCUUUGGGGCUCUCCGAUAGGAAGGGUACAGACUCACCAGAGUCAAGCAGCAAUUUCUGACGCGCACGUUCGCCAACUCAUAAUGGAGUUCUUUCCCGGCGGUUCGAUUUGGGCUGGAAUUUCACCCAGUCCCGCUGAGCCUGACGUUUGGAUUCUUCAUGUCAGAUGA